GAUAAUUAAAUCUAAAUGGCUGCUGCGAGGGAGAACCUGUUAUGUCAACAUUGUCGUUACUGUAACCCUGUCGUGAGGCGACGGAGAGACUCGCGGCUCAGGAACAGGCUGACCAGAGUUCCGAGUACCGUCCAGUCCUGGAUAAAUCGCCUGUCUUCGUCUUCUCUUCAAAGGUCUCUGUUGAAGGGCCUGAAUGGUUUUGAGGAAUUAAGGAAGUACAUCAAACAAGGGAGUGAAUUCUGUAAGGAAGUGUCGGCCAUUAUCCAGGAAAGGGCUGACUUAGAGGGAAAUUAUGCAAAACAUCUCAACAAACUCAGUCAAAAACUUGUAAAAGCCACAACAGGAAAUCUAGGAACCUUAGCUGAAGGAUGGCGGUCAGUGGCCAGUGUCAUGGAGCAGGAGGCGGAGCUUCACAGGAAUUUAGGUCAGGCAUUGGCUGAGGAGAUCAGUAAACCAUUAAAAUCUCUGGUGGAAGCUCAAAAUAAAGCCAGAAAACCGAUAGAGGCAACAGUGGACAAAAGUCUGAAGACCCUGACGGACAGAAGAACAGAAGAAACUAAGGCUAAGAAGCAGUGUUAUGUCCACGCCAAAGACAGCGAGAAGGGAGAGGAACUGAGGACUGAUACCAGUAAAGGGAAAACAGAGAAAGAUAAACACAAGAUUGAGAAGAAAUGUGACCAGAUGAGGAAGCAGCUAAGGAAAGCUGAUAAGGAUUACUGUGAACUUUGUGAGAAAGCAGAGACCGCACGACAAGAGUGGGAAUUCAAUGUCGCCAAGGGAAGUGCACAACUGCAGACCUUAGAUGAAGAAAGAUUAGCCAAGAUGGCCGACUACCUCAAUCAGUAUAAUAGUCAUCUCUCUGUCAUGGGACCUCGCUUACAAACUAGUUGUGAUAAAUUACACGAGUCUGUGAUAUCGGUGGACAUCCAGGAGGAUCUGAAGGCAGUGGCCAAGCAGCGGGGGACUCAGGGAACACCCCCAGAACAGAUAUUAUUAGACUGCUACGCAGAAGACUUACAAUUCACUAUGAAUGCGGAGAGGAGAAAGAACUACUUACAGAACUACCUUCUAUAUUUACGACAGUCUUUAGAACGGGAGAAGAAGGGAAAGGAAGGAGUGGAGAAAUUAGUAGGGGUUUAUAAAGAACGGCCAAACUUUGCUGACCAGGAUGCACAAGAGGACGCCAGACAAAGACUCUGCCAGGUGAUGUUUAUGAUGAAUUUCCUAGAAGCUAGUCAUUAUAAGAUAGCCUCGGUGUUAGCCAAGCUAGAAUGCCAGCCAAAGCUUGAACAUAAGUUUGCCAAAUACAUAGAAACUGUCAGAGAUAAACAGGGAAUUCCAACCAGUGUCCUGCGACUACCAAUCAACAUAGCUCUUGAAGGAAAUUCAGGCUAUGAUGUUACUUCGGUAACUGUAGGAGCUUUAGCCAAUCAAACACAGUCCGAUCCAUAUGAGGAACCAUUUGCUGAUGACGAGUUUGAAGAUUUUACAGAUCAUAGUCAUGUGAUCGGUCGAUGUCGAGCCCUGUAUGAUUAUGAUGCUAAUCGGAAUGAUGAACUCACAAUUAAACACGGUGAUGUAAUAAAUUUAUAUGAUAAACAGUUGGACGAUUGGUGGCAGGGGGAGCUACAAGGACGAGUUGGGAUAUUUCCCGCUACAUAUGUGGAGGAGAUAUGACCCAGGGGAUAUCUGAAAAUAUCUAAAAAUAGAUAAGGACCUUGACCAGGAUAAGGUUGUGUGGAACAAGUACUGGCUGUUGGACUGCGUUAAUUUUGAUCUGAAAACUGAGGAAAGACAUGAUGACUGUGGCUUUCAGAAAAUUUGGAUCCAUGUAGUGAUCUGAAGCUAUAUUGUGACCUUAAUAUAUAUAAAAGGUCAAACUUACAGUCUGGAAAUAAACAGCCUCUGCUGAAACCAUUUUCUGCAGUAGAUGUCCACUUUACUAUUGUGCCCUUGUAUGCUAUACCAAAUUGACAAAUUCUAAUCGCUAACUAUGAUAUUAGUGAGGUACCAUACAAACACAUUAUUAGAGUGCAUUUAUUUGUAACGAAGAAAAGUGCUUUUGUUGAACUUUAUCGUACCAGGAUUAUAGGCUUAUUGUGUGUGAAUGGAUUCUUUUGGGUCCAACAUCAAGCAAUACUAUUUAGCCAUUGUGGUAAUUUCUUUAUUUUCAUUAUGUUUAAAAUUAUAUAAUCUGUGUUCAAAUAGUUUGCAUAAAAUAAGUACGUUAAGCAUAAUACAUAUGCUCUAUAUCGUUAAAACUUCCUCCCAUAAACUGUGUUCAAGUGAUUUUAUGCUGUUUUUGUUUUGACCAGGAAUAUUUAGCUUAUAACAUGUUUUGGCCAUCCAUUUGUAAAGAAAUGUUUUUGAUCAAAUGUAAAAAGAAAAUGUUACAUUAACAACUUUUUCUUACACACAAAAAUUUCCAACAUGGAGGUAAUGCACACAUGUCUUUUUUCAAUUUUUCCUUGUUGAGCAUUAUUUCACUGCAUGAAUAUAAUAUUUUAAUGAGUCAAAUAUCAUCUUUGUGUAAUAUUUGGUCAUGUUCUAUGCUUUUCGGUAAAAGAAAAAAAAUGAAAAAAGGGUUACCUAUAUCGACGUAAAUGAAAAGUCUUCCAGCUGAACUGCUCAUUUUUUCCUUAAUUGUGCACUUGUGAAAUUUGCAAAACCAUAGGUUGUAAAUUUUCAUCAAUAAUUUUAUUUUUCUUGUUAAAUUAUAAAAUAUAUAGUUACAUGUUUAUUAAUUCAAAAAGGAGUACUUAAAAUAUUUUAAAUGAUAGUGAGAAAAGAAUUUAAAUUAUUUUGUGAUAUAUUGAACAUGUAUACUACUUUAGUCAUGAUCAGGUUCAAUUAAUUUACAUAUAUUAAAUUUCAGCAAAUUUUCAUAACUAAAUGGCCAUAGGUUCACUGACCCUUGUUAUAACUUAAUGGUUAUUGUUUUAAUCAGAAACAAGACUUAAAUCUGUCUUGUUUUGCUUUACAUUUAUAUAUAACCCGACUCUGGAGAAGUAUGUAAGCAAAGCAGAAAAUGGACAUAUUCCAACUACAUGUCAAUGAAAUGACAAGUACUGUACAAUUGAUGUAACAUUAGAUUCAUUAUUUAUUAUGCUACAUGUAAUUGAGAUCCAUUUUUUGUUAUGUUUGUUUGCUUUGUAAUUUAAUGAAUUAAGUCUAUGAGGAAAUACUCAUUUAUUUGUUAAAUAAGGGCUUGUGAUUAUAUACACCUGUAUAGAAAAAUAUAAUGCACCAGGUAAUUUAAUUUUACUACUCUGUUUUUUUAUGGGUACCUGACAUUUUCUUUCUCAAUACUUUUCCAUUUCUGCAUACUUUUAAUUUAAUAAUUGAAAUUAUUGUUAUAUCCCAAAUUAUAUAUUGGCAUUUUUACAUUCCAUAAUUAUUUGUGAAAAUCUGUACAUUAUAAGACAUAUUGUCUGGUAAACUACUUGUUUAUCAGGAAAAAGAAACCUUUGCAAUUCAAUUUAAAUUUCUAAAAAGUAUUAACGAAGAAAUGGAUAUCCAUUUUAGCAUACUUGCCACUUGUUAUUCAAACAGUUUGCAGAAAAACAGAUUUGAAGAAUAAAAAUAAAACCAAAUUCAGACAGAGAUGUUUCAUGGACAUGUUUUAUGUCAUUGUGUGUUAUAUAUUGUUUAUUUCAUUAUUUGUAAAAUUGUAGAUUGUUUUAUCAAUGAAAAAUUAAAAUAAUUUAC